AUGAAGUUGACCCCAGAUGUUGUCCAGAACGCUUCGAUAUAUACGGAUCCAGAGAAGCAGAGGGUGUUGAUGUUAAGGAACAAAAACAUAUUCAUGAUAGAGAACUUGGGAGUGCUCAACAACAACAAUAGCACCAUCAUUGAAGCUAUCGACUUUACAGGCAAUGACAUCAGGCACUUGGGUAACAUUCCUUAUUCUCCCAGAUUGAAAACAAUCCUCAUAGCAAAGAACAGUGUACGAAGCAUACAGUCGAAUCUUGCUCAGAAUGUUCCUAAUGUUGAAAGCAUUGUACUAAUAAACAACAAAAUCAAGAGCUUAACAAGCUUGGAACCGCUAGUUCAAGCUAAAAGGCUGAAAAAUCUUUAUUUAAUGGAAAACCCGGUGACGUCUCACAAGUACUACAGAUUGUGGGUGAUUUGGAGAAUAUCCAGCCUAAAAAUCUUGGACUUUAAAAAGAUCAAAGACAAAGAAAGAACCCAAAGCAGUGAGCUCUUCGGGCAACAUGACUCUCCUACGGAAUUGGCAAAUGAAAUAUUGAAAGAUGCCAUAUCAAACGGCCCUGCAACACAAGAGGAGUCCAACGAGACCUUCACGCUUACUGAAGAGGAAAGAGAGGAGCUGAAAACGCAACUGGCGAAUGCAACUACAUUGGCUGAAAUAAGCAAGAUUGAACAGCUGAUCAAACAGGUGUCCUAG